AUGGGGGAGCAGCAGAGCUCGCUGAGCGCCCCGCGGGCGGCCGCCGCCUCGCCGCCUCGCCCGGCCGGUGGCCCGCGGGAGCCCGGCCCGGACGAGCCGCCGCCGCCGCUGCGGGAGUCGGCCCCGGGCGGCGGGGUGGCCGGGCCGGAGCGAAGCGGCGAGCCGCCGCCUGCCGCCAGCCACGAGCGGCGAGGGGCCGAAGAGGAGGAGGAGGAGGAGGCGGCGGCCGGGCCAGAGCAGUCGCCGGUCGCGGGGGAGCCGGUGGCCCUGGCGGAGGAGGGGCCGGGACCGGAGGGGGGCAACGGCCGCCGCCCCCCACCCCGGCGGCACGUGUACUGCACCGUCUACUGCGUGGAGAACGACCGGCCGGCGACGGCCCCCGCCUCCCCCCGCGGCGGCCCAGGCGGCGGCAGCGGCUCAGGCGUGGGGCAGCCCCCGGCGCGGCGCGGGGUGGCGGCGGGCGGCGACCCGCUGGCGGCGGGCGGCAGCAUCGAGGUGGUGGACUUGUACCUGCUGCCCGAGCCCUUCUCCGGGCUGAUCGCGGGGGAGUUCGGGCCGCUGCUGGUGCUGAGCUGUCGGGUGUGCCUGGAGGAGAAGCCCAUCAAGCCCCUGUCCUGCUGCAAGAAGGCGGUGUGCGAGGAGUGCCUCAAGCGGUACCUCAGCUCCCAGGUGCAGCUGGGACAAGCAGAUAUAAAAUGCCCGAUCACAGAGUGCAGCGAACACCUGGAUGAAACAACUGUCCUCUAUAACCUGCCCCACGACGACAUCAUCAAGUAUAAAUAUUUCCUGGAACUCAGCCGCAUUGACUCCAGCACCAAGCCAUGCCCUCAGUGCAAGCACUUUACAACCUUCCGGAGGAGAGGCCACAUUCCUACCCCUGCCAAAUUGGAGAACAAAUACAAAAUCCAGUGUCCAUCUUGCCAAUUUGUCUGGUGUUUCAAGUGCCACUCUCCCUGGCAUGAAGGCGUUAACUGCAAAGAAUACAAGAAGGGAGACAAGCUGUUGCGUCACUGGGCCAACGAAAUUGAACAUGGGCAGAGGAAUGCCCAGAAGUGUCCAAAAUGCAAGAUCCAUAUCCAGAGAACAGAAGGGUGUGAUCACAUGACCUGUUCACAGUGUAACACUAAUUUCUGUUACCGUUGUGGGGAGAGAUACCGCCAGCUCCGGUUCUUCGGAGAUCACACGUCAAACCUCAGUAUCUUUGGAUGCAAAUACCGCUACCUCCCCGAGAGACCACAUUUAAGGAGAUUAGUGCGAGGCUCUGUCUGUGCUGGAAAACUACUCAUUACACCCCUAAUACUGGUUCUGGGACUGGCACUGGGAGCCAUAGCUGUUGUAGUAGGUUUAUUUGUGUUUCCUAUCUAUUGCCUUUGUAAAAAGCAGAGGAAAAGGUCACGGACAGGUAUGCCCUGGUAAGGAUGGACCUUACUCACCUGAACUGAGCUGGUCCUGCAAGGGCUGUAUGUGCUUUGUGCAACAAAGCAAUACAAUGCUGGUAAGAGCG